CUUCUUCCCGAUUCCUCUCAGGCGGGAAGUGAUGGCGAGAGCAUCGGGAACUGUCCGUUCUCACAGAGACUCUUCAUGAUCCUGUGGCUAAAGGGAGUGGUCUUCAAUGUCACCACAGUGGACCUGAAGAGGAAGCCUGCAGACCUCCAGAACCUGGCCCCAGGCACACACCCUCCUUUCAUCACCUUCAAUGGUGAGGUCAAAACCGACGUCAACAAGAUCGAGGAGUUCCUAGAGGAUGUCCUCAGCCCACCCAAGUUCACCAAGCUUGGCACCAGACACCCUGAGUCCAACACAGCUGGGAUGGACAUCUUUGCCAAGUUCUCAGCCUUCAUCAAGAACUCCAAACCAGAUGCCAACGAGGGUCUGGAGCGUGGGCUGUUGAAGACCCUGCAGAAGCUGGAUGAAUACCUGCGUUCCCCACUGCCUGACGAGAUCGACCACAACAGCAUCGAGGACAUCAAAAUCUCCACUCGCAAGUUCCUGGACGGUGACGAGAUGACACUGGCUGACUGCAACCUCCUGCCCAAGCUGCACAUCGUCAAGGUGGUGACCAAGAAGUACAGAGGCUUUGACAUUCCCAAGGACAUGACAGGCAUCUGGCAGUACCUGCAGAAUGUCUAUACGCGUGAGGAGUUCACCAACACCUGCCCCAGCGACAAAGAGAUUGAGAUCGCCUACCAAGACGUGGCCAAGAGGCUGGUCAAAUAGGGCUACUCCAUGCCCCCUCCCCCUACCACUGGGACGGGUCUGUUCAGACACGAGCAAGAACUAUGAACUACCUUUCCUUAGCUCAUUUAAAGCAAACCUAAUGCAUAAAUAUCUGAUCCUUCCGUUCCCUUUUUAUUUUUUGGAAGAUUUCUUGAGUACAUGAAUCUCAAAGGUCCGUUGGUCAUUGCUUUUUUGUUUUCUUUCUGUUAUGAUGAUUGUUUCGAGGCGUCUGACUGGCGAGUUGGUCGAGCUACCUGCCAGAUUGGAUGCAGGCUAGUGUGUAUCCGAGCUUAUCAGUUUUGGGGGGCCAUCGAUACACACACUAUAAAGUGGCCUUCCGGCUGACCCUCUGUUUCCACAAGGGAAUAUGGUCACAAGCGGUUUUUUUUCUGUUUGUUCAAUAUUGAUUUGCAUUUCAUGCUUGCUAUGAAAGUAACCAUUACAAGACUGAUUUUGUGUGUUGGUUUAAACAGUGUUGAAAGCUUCAGUGUUUUUGGCUCUAGAGAGUAAAUGAGGGCAGGUGUCACUGCAUGUACUGCAUUAGACGCUAGGCCAAACCACAGUUGACAUGUCAGCGCGAUAUGCUUAAUUUUACUGUUGCGUUGCUUGAGUCAAUUGGUAUAACUAUAAUACAGGUAAGGCUACCUGUUGUCCAAGUUCUGAUACCAUUUACUCCAUAACCUUGUAUGUGGACACAUGGGUGCAAACAUCCAUGACACUUAUGCUACCUGAGCUCAGUCUACAGUCGGCUCAGAUGUGCCAGGUCCUUAGAUUAGAUGUUUUCAGCUCAGAACAAGGGAACUUAAGAUGCAUGAAAUAUUAGAUACUAUGUAGCAAACAAAACCAACCUUUUUUAGACUUGUAUGGGAAUACAAACUGUCCUUCAUCACUGCAUUGCCUCAUCUCACUGCUCCAUAUAGACACUGACACUCUUGGCAGUAAUGCUCAAUUUGCCCAAAAUGAACAUGUUUUUUUUCGCUCUCUGCUGUACAGUACGAAGGGAAAUCUUUAGCUUGUGUUGUGCUGGCAGCAGUGGUAGUUUUCUAUUACACUUCAGCCACCGAAAAGGGGACAUUUUAUUCGGGUCUCACUGUGGAUUGAAUGACUCCUGUUAUCUAAACUAGUGAAGUAACAAAAACACACACUCGCCAUCGUUCUCCUAUCGCAUACAGAAGAUCCCCAAUCAGCCAUCAGAAAAGGUGACACUAAAGAUAUUUAUGAGGAUAGGCAUCGGAGAGGAGACCGGUAAUGUUGUGACUGUCAUUUAGGAUUUCAUUUAGAAAGCUUUCAACGGUAGUGAGUGUAUUCUCUCAUAGUUUCAAAAUGCUUUAGUGUGGAUAAAGCAAAAAUAGGUUUUGUUUUUUCUCCCCUUGUUUUGCUAUCCUUUCAGACAUUUGUUGUAAUACAAAUUUGAUAAAAGGAUUUGUAAAUAUUUGUUUUGAUUAUUCAGAGUUCAAUGUGUAAAUUGUAUACAUUCAUUGGUUGGUUUGAAUGGGGGGGGGGGGGGGGGGGGGUUACUGCUUGGGUUUUAGUACUAGAAGACAUCUCCUCUGGCCUUAUUUGUUUUCUCUUGCUCAGACGGUUUUCAAAAAUCACUGCAAUUACGACAUGUAUAUGUCAAUUUCAGAAGAAAAGAUCCAGGCUAUGUCAUGGCUUUUUUUUUUUUUUAAACAAUAUUGACAUUAUUGAAAUAAACCUAUUAUUGGCACUCUGGUUUGUGGGUGUGAUUUGCCUGUGGGUUGUUCCAGAAAAGAGGAUCAAUGAGUUUUAACCAGCUAACUCAUAAAAAUGCAAAAAUACCCAGAUUUUUGAGGAAUAUAGAAUUGGCAUGCUAUAAUUUACUCAUUAAUCAACAACCCAUAUUCAAGACAACUUAAGCUUCCUAAAUGAAUCAGACAAUCAAGAUAUAUUUAACUGCUUAUCAUAGUUAGCUGGCUAACUAUAUGAUCCUGCUUUCUGGAACACCCCUCUGGGCUAAUGACCUGGUGGCCUACAGUUACUGUGUAUGUCCUUGUGCUAUGUUCAGUGGUGUAAAGGACUUAAGUACAAAUACUUUAAAGUAUUACUUAAGUUGUUUUUGGGGGUAUCUGUACUUUACUAUUUUAUAUUUUUGGACUACUUACUUCCUUACAUUCCUAACGAAAAUAUUGUGCUUUUUACUCCAUAAAUAUUUAGUAGUCAUUACAUAUUGAAUGUUUAGCAGGACAGGAAAAUGGUCCAAUUCACACACUUAUCAAGAGAUCACAUGGUUGCCCCUACUGCCUCUGAUCUGGUGGACUCACUAAACACAUGCAUCUUUUGCAAAUACUGAGUGUUGGCGUGUGCUCCUGGCUAGCCGUAAAAUAUAUAUAUAUAUAUAUAUAUAUAUAUAUAUAUAUAUAUAUAUAAACAAGAAAAUGGUGCCGUCUGCUUGGCUUAAUAUACAGAAUAAAAAAUUAUUUAUACUUUUACUGUUUGAUACUUAAGUAUAUUUUUGCAAUUAUUUUAACUUUUUAUACUUAAGUAUAAUUAGAACAAAAAUAGUAUUUUACUGGGUGACUUUUUACUUGAGUAACUUUCUAUUUAAAACGUAUUUGGGAUCGAUGUCCCUUCCAUGGGACGGUUGUGCUAACGUAGGCUAAUGCGAUUAGCAUGAGGUUGUAAGUAACAAAACAAUUUCCCAGGAUGUAGACAUAUCUGAUAUUGGCAGAAAGAUUAACAAGAAUUUAAGCAAACUGCAUUGUCCAAUUUACAGUAGUUAUUACAGUGAAAGAAUUCCAUGCUAUUGUUUGAGGGGUGCCUAAUUUUGAACAAAGUUAGUAAUAAACAUAUUGGGGAUA